UGCUGCCUUUGUGGGUGAUGCCAAGGCAACCGACCAACUUAGGAGGGGCGAGGACGCAACUGCAUUGCUGCCGGCUGCGUCUCCUGCCUAUCUGGCAGGCGGGGGAGUUUCAAACGCACUUCGUGAGCGCAUGGAGAUCACUCCGAGUUCUACACACAGUGCGAGGCAGCCCGCACCCCCAGUGCACGCAAUGGCUACACCUGACCAUGCACCAGUGGCGCAGUGUGGGGAAGUCUCGGUGGGACACCAAAAGGGCCGAGGAUCGCACGAGAGAGUGCGACCGGGGGGCAGUAGAACGGUUGAAGCUUCGCCAGGGCGGGAUAUCAGCACUCCCGUCAGUGCCGACUCACCGAUGGGGGUGGAUGGCACACGAGAGCAUGGCUAUGAGUCCGCAGGAGAACGCCAGAGGCAGCAGGUAACGGUAGGCAAUGUGGCGGUAGGCACAGCUGACGAGGGGGUACAUUCUCGCUUGGCCAGUGCCUAUCUGUCCGUCCUUGCGGACCUCGGAACAUCGAAGAGUAGUUUUAGCUCUGAAAUGUCACAGGUUGCACCCGAGGCUCACCGGAUAGGGCUGAGUGAGCAGGGCGGUGGAGGAGGUGAGCCGAAGGCAGCGACUGUGCACGUGACGAGAGUGGGAGAUACAGGGCCGAGCACAGGCCAAGACCAUCGGACUGUAGUUAUGGUUGGCGAGGCGGGUGUUCGGAGGAAGGAGGCGGGGGUGCUGACAUCAUCUCCCUUCGCGAACCCCAUGCCACGGCAGGCAGGAAUACCGGUACAAAGCGGUACACAGGGCGAGACAGAUGCGCCGCAAGGACAGGGUCAAGCAGGGCCUAGUGCUGGCAAGCACGGGUGUGGUAUUGUCAACGUAACAGGGAAUGACACAGACACGGGCAGCGGCAACGAACAGCCUGAGCCAUUGGCUGAUGGACGUGCCCAGACGCAGCGACACGCAUGGCCCAAGCGACGCACAAGCCUACAGGUGAAGGACGAUCAGAAGACACACGACACUUCACCAACCACACCACCACACACACACACGACCACCAGUGGGAGGGGAACACACAGGGACGAGCACACAGCACCACGCUCCUCAGCACACGACGACACCACGCUGUUAUGUAGUACUACGCACAGAAGGUACAGUGCAGGGACACUCUCAGAAGGGCAAGCACAGCACACACAACAAACGCAGCCAACACAAAUAACGCAACAAACACAACAAACAAACACAACACAAAAUACGCAACACACACAACAAACACAACAAGCACAACAGCCAAAGACGCAACUCGAAUCGGCAGUGGCUGAUGUUGCGGGUGACCCCAGAGUAGGCGGUAGUACCGUAGGCCGAGCUGUGGUGAACAGAACAGCCACCGCAGAGAGGGAAGCGGAGACGGAGACGAAGACAACGGCCGAGAUCACAGCAGACACCUCUCUCCGUCCAAUUAGUCGUGGCAAUAGAACGCACAGCUCAGCUGCGGAUGGGGCGACAGCCGACGCGUCUGCGACAAGGGCGCCUGCAGCUACGGCAGACGCCAGGCCAAGCAGCACAGCCGAGCAAAUGACUGGCAACGGUGUGUCUGGGGUGGAUGGUAUGGCAAUCGACGCCAGGGUACGGGAAUCCACCCAUGCUGUCGAUGGGGAUAAGGAGAUGGCGGGUGGCGACAGCAUCACAUCAGAUGCCACGGCUGAUCAAGGUUGGGAUGGGGAGGUGUGUGGUGCGAUUGACAUUGACGCAUGCGCGAGUGAGGGUCCUGAGCCACGCACAGGCGUAGCCGCAGAUGACAUUCCAGAUGUCGACGCAAUCGACGGAUCCCCCUGCAGUAGUACGAGUGUGCGCGUGGUCUCUGGCUGUGGGAAACAGACCCUCGCGGGACGGACCAAUGCAGAAGCUGUAGGUAAGGAGAGGGGCGACCAAGCAGUCCUCACACCCGCACGCAACACACGCUCAAGGACGCGCUUAGCCCAGAAUACUGGGGUGUCCACAAUUAGGACAGGGCCUACACCCGCACCCAAGAAAAGGGACCGCGGCAAGGUGGUUGAUGUGAUUCUCAUCAGCAGCGAAGAUGAGGCGUGCGACCGCGAGGACUUUGAUUGGAAACCGGAGGUGGUUGCCAAGGCAACCAAGGCGCGCGUCAAGCGCAACAGUUUUGGCUCAAUCAAACGAUCGAAUGCAGGGUCAGUCACGCGCAAACGUGCCAAAGCUUCGGGCGCGUCUGCGAAAUCUGAGCCGUUCUCCGAGUCUGACGCUUUCAAACGGCUAAGGUUCGGUACUUGCUUUUUUUUUGUGGGAGUUGUGUGGUCGUGA